AUGGAUCCCUACGCUCCUGACAGCAGUACAGAGGGUGGCCUCUUUGAAGGCGACCUCCCACCGUCUCCUUCACCCGCAUCAAGAACGGCUUAUCCCGCAUCACCCAAGGACAUGCCUACUUCGUCCAAUCUCGCCUUCCGUCCUCCGCCCCGUCCUGGAUCGUCGCUCCGCAAAGGCAGAAAGAGCGACUUCAACACGCCCGCUCCACCUCCGCUUCCCACAGCACCAAUGCCCGUCUACGAAUCCAGGCCACUCGCUGAAACCACCAACCUCAGCUCGCAUCACAACAGGCUCCACGACGCUAACAUGCUCUCGUCGCCUUCACGCUCCACUGUGCGACCAACCAGCUCGGUCCCUACAAGCCGUCCAUCUUCUGACAAUGGCAAGACCGUCGACAUCACACGCCAAGUUCGCGAACGACUCCAGGUGCUGCGCGAGGAGAACGAGACCCAGGUUAACUCGGCUGGUCUCCUAGGUCAGGGCUUGCUCGGUGUUCGCGGCAAGAUCGAAUCGCUCAUGGACGAGCUUGCCGAAGAGCUCAAUGCGGUCGACGAAAACUCAGAGGAUGGACUAGCUGACAAGCCCACCAACGCAAGGAUCCGCGAUCUCAGCGCCAGAAUAGAGGCCGAGAUCGAGGACCUCGAAAAGCAAAAGCAGCGACUCUUCUCCGACAUCACCGUCCACAACGUCGACGUCUCCAGCGCCGAUGUCGGCGAAACUUCCAUGCUCAGUGUCAAUGAAACGCCUUCCAAAGCCAGCCGCGUCGCCGAUGCGAUUCGGAACCUCACCGCUACACCAGGCAAGUCGCCCGCCGCGCCAUCGGGCAACACACCCAGGCAAACAGAUCGUCGCAGCCGCAACGCCGCUGCUCGCCAAGCCAAAGCGGAUACCGACCUUAUCAACGAGAUCCAGGCGGGUCUCGUACAGGAAGUCCGUCGCUUGCAAGGCUUGCUCAAGGAGCGCGACGACCAGCGCGUCUCUCUCGAACGCUCCCACGCCGAAAUCGAAAAGCAGCUCGACCAGUACAAACCUCGCGUCAUCCAGAUGACCGAGACCGAGGAUGCGCUCAAGCAAGAGAACUGGGAUCUCAACGUGUCCAAGCAAAACCUCGAGGAGCAGUUGAGCGAACUCAAGUCGGUGCUCAAGAAAGCCGAACUCGACAACACACGGCUCAACAGGGAAGUCGGCAAGGCAAGGGAGACGGUCGACUCGCAGCGGCUGCAGAUCGAUGGCCACGUCGCCGAGCUCGAGCGCCUCAACAAGGCUCGCGAGACCGACAUCGCAGUCGCAAGGCGGGAGCGCGCAGGCAUGCAGCGAGAUGUUUCCGAUCUUCAGAGCGAGCUUCAGAAGAUCCGCAAUCAGCAGCUGAACGAGAACGGCGGAGUUUCUCGCAGCGUCUCGCACAGCUUCAUGUCGAACGCUGUUGACGAGGAAAACGCCGACGCCGACGCUCUGGCAGCUCGUCUGCGUGCGGCUUCCGGCGAAGUGCCGCGAUCGCCGGGCGACUCGAUCUACUCGGCUGAUGGCGCAGUUCUCUCGCCCCUCGGCAACCGUCUCGGGCGCGACAAGGAGACCCAGGAUCUGCGUGCCAAGCUCGCACUGGCUCAACGCAAGGCUGGCAAGGACGCUGCCGAGAAGCGACGUGUCCGCGAAAAGAAUGCCGAGCUCACCAAGCUGCUCGUCAAGGCGGGCAUCAAGGUUCCUCAGGGUCUCGACGACGACGCUGAGACGAGUGAGGAUGAGGAGCUGCACUGGCUCGACGAGAACGACGCCCACAGCCCCUCUGCCAAGCGUCUCUCGCAGAUCCGCGUUAAUCGACACACCUCGAUGCGACCAAGACUGGGCCGCAAGAUGGGCAUGCCCUCCAGCACCUCGACCGACUCGAUCAUCGAAUACGCAGAAUACGAAGACGAUCCGCAACAUGGUACCACACUCGCCAAUUCGGAAGACGCAUCGCCGUCGCGCGCCAGCCUGGAUGGCAUGGACCCGGCGUUUGCCGACUUCCAUCGCGCCGACGCUGGCAACACGAGCGUAGACAGUGUGAUGUCCCGCCCCGCUCGUCGAGGUCACCGUUCUCGUCCGUCCAUCGGCAGCAGUCCCCUUGCCCGCAACGCCGAGCUCCCGGACGAGGCAGAAGAGGAGCGUGCAGUGCCCAAGGGUGGUCGACGCAGCGGUGCUACUGUCCGAUCGUCGUCGACGGUCUUCGAGCCCAGCGCGCUCGGUAACGAGCUUGGCGGUCUGGCUGGUGAGCUGGAACAGCAUGCCGAUGUUCGCGAAAUGUACGAGUCCGAUAUGCAGACGGAGGAGAUGCCCGACCUCGUCACUCCGGCCCUGGCCAAGCGAGACGAAGAGCACAGGGCUGAGAUCGCAUCGAUUCGAAACGAGCAUGACAAUGCCGUCGAGGCGAUCCACACCGAAUACUCUGCCAAGAUCUCGACGCUGCAAGGCCAGCACGCUCAGGUCAUCGACGCCCUCACACAAAAGCACGAUGAGAAGAUCAACGAGCUGGCUGCGGCGCACGACAAGAGCUUGUCCGACAAGGACGAGAGCCAUGCUGCCGCUUUGGAGUCUGCCCUGGCCGAGCGUGCAAAGGUGCACGAUGCAGCUGUCGCAGAGGCUCGCUCGCGCCACUCCAACGCACUGGCCGAGCAAGUCGCCGCUUCGAGCGCCGCCCUCGCUGCUGCCAUUGCCUUGCACAAGACCUCGAGCGAAGACUACGAGCGCAAGGUCGAGGAGGAGAAGCAGCUCAAGGAAGCCUCGCACUCCUUUGCUCUUGGUCAGAAAGACCGUCAACACCAGGAAGCUGUUGAGGUGCUUCAAGCCACGCACGUCCAAGCGCUGCAAGGCUUGCGCGACGAGCACACGCAGCUGCUGGAUAUGCGUCAGAAGGCGCUCGACGAGGCUGAUGCGCGACUGGCUGACCUCGACAAGGCCAACAAGGAGCUUGCUGCAUCCCACGCUGCCGAGAUUUCUACGCUCAAUGAGCAACAUGACGAGACGCUUGCCCUGCGUGACCAGGCAAGCAAGGAGAUGGCUGAAUCGCACGCCGCGGCUGUUGCCGAGCUACGAGAGCAACACAACGCGGAGCUUGCCAAGCAUCAGGAUGCGAACCGAGAUCUCGCAGUCGCUCACGCAACGGAGCUGGCUUCUCUGCGAGAGGGGCACGCCGCAAAGCUCACACAGCACGAGACGUCCGUCAAGGAUCUCACUGCCGCUCACGCUGCCGAGCUUGCGGCCCGUGAAGAUAACCACCGUGCCAAGCUCGACGAGCACGAAGUCUCUGUCAAGAACCUCACCGCUGCUCAUGCCGCUGAGCUCGCUGCUCUUCACGAGAGCCACCGCGCCAAGCUCGACGAGCACGAGACUUCGAUCAAGAAUCUCAUCGCCGCACACGGUACCGAACUUGUUGCUCUGCAGGACGGUCACCGCGCGAAGCUCGAGGAGCACCAGAACUCGAUCAAGGAGCUCACCGGCUCGCACGCUUCCGCCAUCUCGGCACUGGAGGACGGACACCGCCAGGCACUUGCGUCCCGCGAUGUCGACCUGCAGAACGCAAAGAAGCAGCUCGACGCUCGCGACCAGGAGCUCGCGGCUCGCAACCAAGAGCUCGAGACCCGUACCAAAGAGCUUGGUGUCGCCAAGGCAGAGAUCGAGGAGCUGCAGAAGAGCAUCGCCAUGCUGCGCGCCGAGACCGACCAGCUCAAGCAACAGCUCGCUGAGCUUCAAAAGACUCACACCGCCGCCGAGCGAGAGCUUGCAGAGACCAAGUCGAGCCUCGAAAUGGUCAACGACAAGGUCCGAAGGCAGGAGGAGACCUCUCGAGAGCUCGCCAGGCAGCGAGAAGCCGAGGCUACUGCCGCUGCAGCUGCUGUCGCCGCCCGAUCCGAGGCCCUCACUGCUACCGAAGCGGAGAAGGAGCAGCUCGAGGCUGCCCACGCCGUUGCUCUGGCCCAGAAGGAGCGUCAGCAUCAGGACGCCGUCAAGGAUCUCGAGGAUCGACACGGCAGCUCGGUCUCUUCGAUCCGCGCUGAACACAAGCAGGCUCUCGAGAGCCGCGACCAGGCUCUGCACACGCAGCAACAGCUUGUCUCGCAGCGAGGGCAGGAGCUCGAAGAGAAGCGCGUCGAUCUGCAAAAGCUGCAAACACGAGUGCAGCAGCUCGAGCAGCAGCUCGUCAGCGAACGCGAGCAGGCUUCCGAGCGGCAACGCGUCGAAGUUGACAAGGUGCAGUCUCACGUCAAGACGCUCGAGGAGCAGCUCGUUGCCGAGCGAGAGCGCGCCCUUGAACAGCAACGCACCGAAGUCGAAAAGGUCCAGACCCAAGUCCGUCAACUCGAAGAGCAGCUCGCAAGCGAACGCGAACGUGCUCUGGAACAGCAAACCACCGAGGUACAAAAGGGGCAAGCCCAGGUCCAGUCUCUGGAGCAGCAGCUUGUCAGCGAGCGAGAGCGUGCGCUGGAGCAGCAGCGUGAAGAAGUCGGCAAGGUGCAGGUCCAGGUUCAAGCGCUCGAGCAGCAGAUCGCAAAGAUGCAGUCCAACGCCAGUGCCACUCAACAGUCUCGUGACUCGGUCGAGUCCGAUCUCAAGGACGCUCAGGCGGCGCACUCGGCGCUGCAGAAGCAGCACGAGGACGUCCAAGCGACCGUCAAAGCGUUGGAAGUGCAGCUUGCCAAGGUGCAGAGCGACCACAGCGCCACGCAACAGUCCCGCGAAUCGGCGGAGUCCUCUCUCAAGGAGGCUCAGAGCGCUCACUCCACCUUGCUCAAGCAGCACGACGAGGUCAAAGUGACUGUCGCGGCAUUGGAACAGCAACUCGCCAAGACGAACAGCGAUGCCAGCACCAACCAGCAGUCGCGUGCGCUGGCAGAGGCUAACCUCAAGGAGGCCAAGACCGCCCACUCGGCUCUACAAAAGCAGCACGACGAGGUCAAGGCCACCGUCGCUUCGCUGCAGUCCAAGGUUCGCUACCUCGAGUCGACCAUCGCGGCUCAGCGCUCGUCCACCGAGCACAGUCGCGUCGCUUCCGACAAGGAGCUGCAGACCAUCCAGUCGGCGCUCAACGCAUCGCAGAUCAAGGUGCGCGAGCAAGAGGCCACCAUCUCGAAAGCCGAAGCUGCUACUGCUGCCGCCCUCGCUGCCGCCGCCGCAGCAGAGGCCAAGCUUCGGGCCCAGAACGAGGCCGUGUCAGACACCGAGAACGAGGCCGACGAGUUCAAGGAUGCUGUCGAAGCGACCAACGUUGCAGCUGCAGAGCCUAAGGCCCCUGCCGUGGAGCUGAAGGAGUCGUCCUGCCAGACCGACGAUGAGGCUUGGCAACUCUUCCAACAGCAGCAGCAACGCGCUGCGAUCGCCGCUGCUGCGCCUUUGGAGCCCACCAAGGAGAGCCUUGCCACCCAGAAGAACCUCGUCAUUCUCGGUGGUGCCAGGGGAGGUAACAGUUCCCGCAACUCGGUCGGUACCUUUGGGCCCGAGCGCGAUUCCUCGCCUGCUACUCCGAACUUUGGCGCAGACAGCUUCAGCAACCAGACGCAGAGCCGCAGGCCUUCAACCGACUCUACCUGGUCGCGUCAAACGGACAGGUACACGUCCGAAAGCAUCCCGCCGGUGCCGCCUCUGCCGGACAAGAGCAAGGCACCCGUGAUGACGAUGCCGCCUCCUCCCUCGAUGCCCCCUCCGUCGACUCUGAGAACUGCUGUGGCGGCGGGUGGGCGGGCUCCUGGGCGACCGACUUCGCCUCCUCCGGCUGACCUGCUCACGCGUGCUCAAAGGAUUCAUCUGCAGGUUCCGCCCACAGCCGGCGAGCAGCCUCGAUCUGUUUCGCGAGCGUCGACUCGCAACGGACCGCCUCCGAGUGCUUACCCGUCGAGCAGUCGCGCCCGUCAGCAGAGUUCUGGCACGGGCAGCAUGCGCUCUCGUACCUACUCCAACGAUGACUCGGCCAACCCUCAGCCCCUGGACGGCAGCAUCUACAGCAACAUGACUUCGGGACGCAAGAGCAUCGGCUCGCGCAAGUCGGCAGCUCGCCGGCCAGCUGCUGGACCACGCCAGUCGUCCGCCGCCUCCUUCGUAUCGGAUGUCACCUCGGAAGUCAGCCGCCGCCUUUCGAUGAUGUCCGACGCCGAUGAAGGCGAUGACACGUUUGUCGUGCGUGGUCCAGGUGCUGCCGGCAAAGCUGCCCAGCGUGGUCUCUCCGAGUUCGGUGCAGGCGUCACGGAUCCUACGAUCAUCCACGCCAUCACGCAGACGAUGAUCGGCGAGUACAUGUACAAGUACACGCGAAAGUCGAUGGGCCGCGGCGGUCACUCGGACAAGCGUCACCGUCGCUACUUCUGGCUGCAUCCGUAUACCAAGAUGCUGUACUGGACCAUCAGCGAUCCCGGUGGAGCCAAGGUGACGGAGGGAACCAGCAAGAGCGCUUCGAUCGAACACGUACGUGUUCAGGUAGACCUCAACCCCUCGCCUCCCGGCCUGCAUCUGGAGAGCAUCAUCAUCACCACGGCGACGCGCGAGGUCAAGAUCACUGCGGCCAAUCGCGAACGACACGAGGCAUGGCUGGCUGCGCUCGAGUACCUGACCAACCGCCCGAGCAUCCAAGAUGCUACGGUGAUCGCCAGCAAUGCGGCGCCGGACCUGCUCAGCGACGAUGACGAGAACGACCCGGGUCUGCUGGCGAGAAGUAUUGGGCGUCGGGCCAAGCCGCGGGCUUCGGCGGCGACGCUGGGAAGUGCAUCGGUGAUGGGCACUCGCAAAGUGUCGGCUCAGCGCAGCUUCCUGCUGAACCGCAGGUCGUCGGACAACGGGAUGAGGAGCGAGUCGACACCGCGUCGACGUGGUAGCCUGGGCGGUCAGAGCGUGAUGAACCCUUCGAUCGGCAAGCGACGCGAUACGGCUGCCAAGGCGUGGCUGCAACAGCACGAGCACGACCGCGAGGUGUCGAUGAGCCCGAGCCGCAGCCUGCGCAACGGCGUCUAUCCUGCCAGUGUGCGCAGUGCGGGUGGGGACGAGGACUACGAUCUGCUGGAUCUGACGGCGACGCAGUCCCCCAUCCGACGCGUGCUUGCGAACGACGAUUCGCGGCUCAAGACGGCGGAGCAGAUGCUGGAGGAGGACGAGCCGGAGGACUGGGAUGGGCUGACCAACGUUCGAGCUUGCUGUGAUGGCAAGCAUGAUGUUGGAUCGUUGGCGCAUCACCACCACCAAGCAGCGUCGGCAAGCGGCAGCCGCAAGUCUUCGCGCAUCCACCGUCGCGAAUCGAGUGGCGGAUCGCGAUUCAACUCGAUGGGCCUCAAGUCGAAGCUGGACGCUGCUGUCCGCGCUGCCGAAGCGCAGGAGCAGCAACAGCAGAUCCCGCCGGUGCCGCGUCUUCCCGCCUCGCUGUUGCCUAGCUCUACGCCGCUGGGAGCGGGCAAGGUGAUGCUCGGACGCGAGAGCAUGGACAGCAACCACUCAACCGCAUCAGCGACACCAGCAGCAGGUGCGGCCUCGCUGGCGAGCAUGUUUGGGAACAACUCGCUCGGUGCGAGUCACGAGCAGGAGGCGCUCAACGCGGGACGACCUGCGACGGCGCUUUCGCUGACAGGCCCAACAUACGGACAGAGGCUGCAGCAGAUCAGGAAGGCGAGGCAGUCGACAGGCAGCACGGGCGGUCGUUGA